GUCUACGUUACUUCACGUGCAUCCAGAGACUCACGCGUAUAGAGAGCGCAGACUGUCGCGAUUGUUGGCAUUGCUAGACUGUGUUGUUAGCAUAGCUAGACAUUCACGUUUUGCAAAGAACGCAAAUCGUAUUCCGGCUUUUAUCCACAUGUGAAUAUAAUUUUAAACACAGAUCAGAUCAUCACGUGGUUUCGUACAUCGAAUGUUUCACAUUAUUUUUCAUUCCUCACGAGAGACGAUUUAUGCUCGUCUGUAUUGAACUGAAUACAUCAAACUUGUUAUUUAAUUUUUGAUUUUCUUUGAAGUUGAGAACCGGAUGUGGUUCAAGUCUGUCGGGAAAACUUGUCGUUUUUGGAUGCUGGAUUGAGAUCUUCGACUAACAAGUUUACUUGUCGUUUAUAUUAUUACACGUAUGGUGUUUGGUGAAGUGUACAUGGUUAACUAUAUAUAGGGUCAAGGCUUAACGUCAGUGGAUCGAAAGUUUAACAAAGGCGUCUCCGGAGUUGACAAAGUUCAAACAAAGUUUAUCAAACAAUCAGUUUAACAAAGGAUAACCCGUGUUCAGUGAAGCGUGUAAAAUUAUAACAGUAAAUUUGACAAGUUGCUAGUUUGAUGUCUAAAUACUUUAACGAAGUUGUCGUUUAUCGUGAUUUGUGAUAGACUUCAUUGGAUUGUUCAACCCUAAUCGGAGAGUUGUAAAGCUAAUCAGAGAGCUUAACGCUAUUCGGAAAGUUAAACCCUAAUCAGAGAGUUCAACCCUAAUUAGAGUGAUUAAAGCUCACUUACACCAUGUUCCUCAAUGUCAUAUCCCCUCUUGCUGUUUGUGUCAUUUUGAUGACAGUCCAGAUGACAUUUGGAGAGGAAUACAAAGGGCGUCACGUGUGCACCAACCACACCCACGUGACCACCCCAGUCUCAGUACGGCAGAGCUACACCAAGGCGACCUACAACUCGGAGCUGAACAAGAUGACCUACCAGACGGCCUACAGGACUGUCAUACGCAUGCAGAUACACGCCCAGGUCUCAGCGGGGUGCUGCCCGGGGUGGGGCAAGAGGACGCCACGUGACCUUAGCUGCACGCAGCCUCUGUGUGAGGAAACGUGUGAGAACGGCGGCAAGUGUGUACAGCCAGGUGUCUGCCACUGUCUCGAGGGCUACACGGGCUACAGGUGUCAGAUAGAAAUCAACGAGUGUGUUGGACGACACAGGUGCCAACACACCUGCAUCAACACACCUGGCAGCUACAUGUGUCAGUGUCGCACGGGGUUCACCCUGGCAGAGGACAAGAUGAGCUGUGAUUUAUGCCUGACGUGUACGGAAGAGUUCCAGGAGAUGUCGUUCCACAUCGACACCAUCAUGGAGGUGAAGAAAGGGAUGGCCGAGCUGCAGGCCCUGAGGAACCAGACGGUGAACUUUGACCUGCUGGAGCAGAAGCUGGAGCAGAAGCUGGCUGGCAUCGAGGGCAUGAAGACGCAGAUCAACAGCCUGGUGGAUGUCAAGCAGGAGCUCACAGACCUGCGGGCUGUCCGUAAGGAGGUUCAGACCCUGAAAGAUCACGAGAAAAACGAGAGCGAUGUUGUCUCGCGUCUGCAGAAGCAGGUGAUGGAGUUGCAGAACGUCACCAAGCAUGUUGGGGAGAUUCAAAUUCUGCAGACGAAGGUGGAGAAACUUCAAGAAUUGAAACCUGGGUUGGAGAGCCUUCAUUCUAAAAUGGCGAAGGUUGAUUUACUUCUUGAGAUGAAGAACGAUACAGAUUCGAUCCGUCAGAUUAGAAAUGAUGUUCGGGAUAUACAAGAGAAAAUGAAUGAGAAGCUCUCUAAACAGGAAGUGAAGAAGCAGCUGGAGGAUCUUCAUAACGUCAAGGCGAGCGCGGAAGAGCUGAGACAGGUCAAGGCCAUGGUGGAAAGUUUGAAGAAGAUGGCGCCGGAUGUGGAGAGUAUUAAGGAGAUGAAGAAACAGCUGGUGGAAUUAGAGGAGAUGAAAAUAAAGAUGGCGGCUUUGUCCGGUCUGCAGAAACAGCUGGAUGCUAUGACGCAGCGGGUGAUGCAACUUGAAGAAGAAAAAUUGGUCCUAAGCCGCAACCUGACGUCUGUGAUGAGCAGCUUCGAGUCUGUGGUGAGCGCCGUGCACUACUCCCAGCCGCCACUACGGGACGACACGACGGCAACCUACUCCUACUACGACACGACGUCGCCCGACCGCAUGGACUCCAUCAGUCAACAGAUCUCAAUCAUGGAGGAGAAAUACGCCAUUUGCUGCGGGUAAUAGAAAACCAGAAGAUGAACUUAUUUAUAAAACCAUUGAAAUGCCUUGAAAAAGAGAGUCAUCUGCUGCAUAUAAAGUUUUUAUCAUUAACAAGCCUGCCUGUAUUUAAAAGCGAGUCGCUGUUUUAAUAUUCUUAUUUUCCAUUAAAUAAAGUCACCUUUUGUAAAAAUAAUAUUUGUAAAAUUAAAAACGAAUAAAUAAACAACGAAUAAAGCCAGAAGGAAAUUAUUGAAAGAAAAUAGAAAAAAAAAACAACACAUGGCAUUGAUAUUUCUAUUUUUUUUUUUACGAAGAUGUGUUUUAGUUAAAUUUGGCUGGUGGUAAAGUUAAUUACCAUUCGUCUCUUUUUGGCCACCCGAGUAAGUGGAUUCUACAAAACCUUACUGCUGUAACUUAUCGCGUCUUGCUAAUUAUAUUUUUAUUUUUACAUUUUUUUAGUGCUACAGUCUUUUGAAAGCUGAAAUAUGAAUGUACUUUUUCGUACCGAUACGUGCACUGUUCAGAAUACUUUGUCUAUUCUAUUUUAAAAUGUUAAUAUUAUUUGACUCAAUUACAAGACAGUAAAACCUGUGAAUAUGCUGAGGUGCUGUUGGUCUAAACUUCAACACUGUUUUAGAUCUAGCGUUUGUAGUAAAGGUUACGUAAAACUAUGAGAAUAUGUAAAUCGUAUCUGUAUGUUCGUUUUCAGAGUGAUAGAUUUCCAUAGAGCAACAUUUCGUGAAUAAUGUAAAUACUUUUAGAGUACUCUUAUACCAACAGUACCCAUUUCGUUGGUCACAAAACAUCACUGUCAUACCUGUAUUUGUUGACUAUUGCUUUUAUAUAAUCUAUAAACAUAAUUUAAUUAUAACACGUUUAUUUCACGACUGUACAAGAUGUAUAUAAACCAUGUUUUCAUUCUGUUACUACCAAGUUUUAUUUUAAGUUAUCGUGAUAUUGUGUGUUGAAUGUAUAUAAUUAUUCCUGUACAAUUAAUUAUUUUCUAUUUGUGGAUCUGACAUUUGAAACAAAAUAAAAUAAGUUAAAAAUUA